CAGGAGACACAUAACAAGUUGAUAAAUCGGUGCAGAAGCUUUGACUGUUCCUAUUACUACUUCAAGGCCGGCGGGAGGGAGUUCUUCCAGGCACAGUCUCCUCACACGGUGGGCGGUGUUUCGCGCUCGCGCCGCCCCUCUCUUACUCUCGCGUCACUCCCCUUUAACCAAGCGUGCGCCGAGCGGAGCAAGUUGCCACUCUGGGCUCUGACGCUCUCGCUCGCUCCUCUAGGAGUUAACUGGAGCCGCGCAGGGAUCCGCAUCCCGGCGCCGGAAGUCUUGCGUUCCUCGGGGCAUCUGUACAGAACGAUCCGAUGGGCAGCGCUGUGCUGAGCUGAGAGUCCUUAUCCCGCUGGAGCUUUUCUUGGAUUAUUCUGCUGCACUUUGUUAUCCCACCCCCACCAGUGCGCGGAAUAGUGCGGCCCGGACACCCCCACAGGAUAAUGCAUUGGGACUGGCGGCUGGGAUGGAGACCGGGGGGAUGGUGAGCGGGCGGCUCGCUUGGCUUCUGUCCCGCUGUCUUGUCUCCCUCCUGCUGCUGCUCAGGGGCGCGGGGGCGCAGAAGGGUGAUGGUUGUGGCUACACCGUUAUGGGGCCAGAAAGUGGAACGUUGACAUCGAUGAACUAUCCCAAGACCUAUCUCAAUAACACUGUGUGCGAGUGGGACAUCCAUGUUAAACCUGGCGAGAGGAUCCUGAUCAAAUUCGGAGACUUCGACAUUGAAAAUUCUGAUUCUUGCCAUUCAAGCUAUUUGAGGAUCUAUGAUGGUGUUCGGGAAUCCCGCACUGAGAUUGCUAAAUAUUGUGGCUUAGCCUUGCAGUUAGAAAGCCCCAUCGAGUCCAGGACAAACAAAGUCACGGUCCAGUUCAUGAGUGGGACACACAUUUCUGGGCGUGGAUUUCUGGCUUCCUAUUCUACCACUAAUAAAACAGAUCUUAUUACAUGCUUGCAAAAAGCAAGCCAUUUCUCUGAACCUGAAUACAGCAAAUACUGCCCAGCUGGAUGCAUGACACCUUUUGGGGAAAUUUCAGGCACCGUUCCUCUGGGAUAUAGAGACUCUUCCUCGUUGUGCAUGGCUGGGGUGCAUGCGGGAGUAGUGUCCAACAUCCUCGGUGGCCAGAUUAAUGUCGUUAUCAGCAAAGGCAUAGAUUUUUAUGAGGGCUCCCUGGCAAACAACAUCACGUCAAAAGUGGGCUCAUUGUCUACAACUCUGUUUACAUUCAAGACCAGCGGCUGCUAUGGAACUCUGGGAAUGGAAUCUGGCGUUAUCCCAGAUGCCCAGAUAAAUGCCUCAUCUUUCCUGGAAUGGACGGACAACACAGGGCAAAAUAAUGCUUGGAGAUCUGAAAGGGCCCGACUGAAGAAGCUAGGGCCCCCCUGGGUGGCCUCGAUCAGUAAUGAGUUUCAGUGGCUUCAAAUCGACCUUAGCAAAUUAAAAAAAUUAACAGGCAUUAUAACAACAGGCUCAACCAUCGACAAAUUCAAUUACUAUGUUUCCUCUUACAAGAUUGUCUACAGUGAAGAUGGCAUGAAAUGGACUGUAUACAGGCAGCCUCAUGUGGGGCAAGACAAGAUAUUCCGGGGGAAUUUAGAUUACAAUCAUGAGGUUCGCAAUAACUUCAUACCGCCUAUCGUGGCCCGCUUCGUUAAGAUCCAUCCUUUGCAGUGGCAUAAAAAAAUUGCCAUGAAAGUUGAACUGCUUGGAUGUCAGUUUAAUGCUCCUCCAAAGCUAACGAUGACUGAGGGUCCAGUACUGAAGCCGCGAGCCAACAACAACUCCCGUGUACGGAUAGACAAAACCACCUUCCCACCCGAAAUCAAGAAUACCACCGUUACACCAAUUAUAAGCAAAGAUCUGCCUCUGGUCACCAUCCUGGUUCCUGUGUUAGUCAUGUCUCUCACCAGCAUCAUCCUGAUCUUAGUCUGCGCUUGGCACUGCAGGAACAGGAAGAAGAAGGCAGAAGGAACAUACGACUUGCCUUACUGGGAUCGCGCAGGCUGGUGGAAGGGAAUGAAGCAGUUUCUUCCGGCUAAAUCAGCAGAACACGAGGAGACCCCCGUACGCUACAGCAGCUGUGAAUCGAGCCGAGUGAGACCCAGGGAGGUGGCGACCAUGUUGCAGGCAGAGUCUGCAGAAUAUGCCCAGCCUUUAGUGGGGGUAGCAGUGGGCACCCUACAUCAGAGAUCAACCUUCAAACCAGAAGAAUGCAAAGAACCUGGUUACGCUGAUCUGGAUUCCUAUACCAACCCAGAGGAUGCCAUUUAUCAUGCCUAUGCAGAGCCGCUGCCGACAAACGGACCGGAAUAUGCAACCCCUAUCAUUAUGGAUAUGUCGGGCCAUCCAAUUGGACCUAUGGGUUUGCCUUCCACAUCCACAUUUAAAGUCCCAGGGAGCCAAGCCCCUCCAUUAGUGGGAACUUACAAUAAGCUCUUAUCUAGGACGGCCAGUUCAGCUUCCACACAGGUACUAUACGACACCCCUAAAGGGACACAGGGAGUAUGCGCCGUGGAGGAAAUGGUGUACCAAGUGCCACAGAGUGUUCCACUGCAAACCACAAACAGGGAGGUGCCCCCUUAAGCUACACGGCAACUGCAGACUUCAACCACGUUCCACAAAAUGGCUUUUAUUUCUAUGAGCACAUUGCAUUGUAAUCAUAUCGAUGAAACCAUUUCACCAUGAAACAAAUAUUCCAAUCACUGUUCACUUCUUGUACACUGGGUAUCUACUGCCUUUGGCUUUCCAUCAUAAUAAGCUCAGUUCACACACUGAGGAUGCUGGGAGUUGCAGUACAACACUAGCUGGUGCACUGCAGGUGCUUGUGUUUGUUUUGUGACUGAAGCAAUAUGGAAUUUAAAGAAACUGUUAACAGAACACAAAAUUAAAGUCUUUUAAAGUAAUGAAAAUAUAAUGUACUGUCAUGCUGCACUGGUAAAACUGGUGCGA